AUGAGACGAUCUGCAGCACCAAGUCAGGUGCAGGGGAAUUCCUUUAAAAAACCAAGAUUCAUACCUCCAGGAAGAAGCAAUACAGUUGUGAGUAAGGAGAUUACAAAGAUGAGUCCAGAUACAAAACUGUUGCAGGGUGCUGAGCAGUCACAAAAUGAUCCAGAUGUAUACAGUUCAAAUCCUUGCCCCACUGAGGGAAGCCCUGGGGAAGUGGGUGACGGGGCUAGAGUAGAUCCACUUCCUCCAGUUCACUCAGCCUCUAAAGAAAUCAUAGAGUCCAAGGCACAAGAAGAGGAAGCUAGCAGCUUGCAUAAAUAUUUCAGUGUUGUUUGGUGUAAAGCUUCCAAGAAAAAACACAAAAAAUGGGAAGGCGAUGCUAUUCUUAUUGUAAAAGGAAGGUCCUUCACAUUGAAAGAUUUGGAAGGAAAAGAUAUUGGAAGAGUUCCUGCCCUGGCUUCCCUAAUGACAGACUUAGAAGCUGUGAGUGUUGUUAUACUUUUUCCUUAUUCUUCAGAUGCCCUGGUUAUGCCGCAACCAGACAAGAGUCACCAGUGGGUGUUUAAUAGGAACUGCUUUCCUAUUGUGGAUGUGGUGAUAGACCCUCACCUUGUACGUCACCUCCGACCACAUCAGAAAGACGGAAUCAUCUUCCUCUAUGAGUGUGUGAUGGGAAUGAGAGCAAUUGGCAAAUGUGGUGCUAUUCUUGCUGAUGAAAUGGGUUUAGGAAAAACAUUGCAGUGUAUUUCGCUCAUCUGGACCCUACAGUGUCAGGGACCCUACGGGGGCAAGCCAGUAAUAAAGAAGACACUUAUUGUUACCCCUGGAAGCUUGGUGAAUAAUUGGAGAAAAGAAUUUCAAAAAUGGCUGGGAAGUGAAAGGAUCAAGAUAUUCACUGUUGAUCAGGGCCAUAAAGUUGAGGAGUUUACCAAUUCUACAUUUCAUUCUGUCCUUAUCAUCAGUUAUGAAAUGUUACUUCGUUCCCUAGAUCAAAUUAAGACCAUAACAUUUGGCCUUCUGAUCUGUGACGAGGGGCACCGUUUGAAGAACAGCAGUAUCAAGACAACAGCGGCCCUUUCUAGCCUCUCUUGUGAGAAGAGAGUAAUUCUCACUGGUACCCCAGUUCAGAAUGAUUUGCAAGAGUUUUUUGCAUUAGUUGAUUUUGUUAAUCCAGGAAUAUUAGGAUCUCUGUCGUCUUAUAGGAAAAUAUAUGAAGAACCCAUCAUUAUGUCAAGAGAGCCUUCUUCUUCUGAGGAAGAAAGGGAGUUAGGGGAGAGAAGAGCAACUGAGCUCACACGCCUCACUGGACGUUUUAUCCUUAGAAGAACUCAGGAAGUCAUCAAUAAAUAUCUCCCCCCUAAGAUAGAGAACGUCGUCUUUUGCCGACCAGGAGCAUUGCAGAUUGAACUUUACCGAAAGCUCCUGAGUUCUCAGUCUGUCAGGUUCUGUCUGCAAGGACUGCUGGAAAAUAGCGCUCACCUCAUCUGCAUAGGCGCCCUAAAGAAGCUGUGCAAUCACCCUUGCCUCUUGUUCAGCUCUGUGAAGGGUAAAGAAUUUAGCUCAAGUUGUGAAGAAAAUGAAGAAAGGAAUCUAUGCCAAGGCUUGCUGUCUGUGUUCCCUGCUGGCUACAACCCUCUCCAGUUCUCUGAGAACGAGUCAGGAAAACUACAGGUGUUAGUAAAGCUCCUGGCAGUGAUCCAUGAACUUCGUCCCACUGAAAAAGUGAUUUUGGUGUCCAACUACAGACAAACCUUGAAUAUUUUAGAAGAAGUUUGCAAGCGUCAUGGAUAUGCUUGUGUAAGACUUGAUGGCCAAACACCAGUCUCUCAAAGGCAGCAAAUUGUUGAUAGUUUCAAUAGUAAAUACUCUAUUGAUUUUGUUUUUUUAUUAAGUUCAAAAGCUGGUGGUGUGGGACUUAAUCUUAUUGGAGGAUCUCACUUAAUUCUCUAUGAUAUCGAUUGGAACCCAGCUACUGACAUCCAGGCUAUGUCUAGAGUAUGGAGAGAUGGUCAGAAACAUCCGGUACAUAUUUACAGACUCCUGACUACAGGGACAAUAGAGGAAAAGAUCUAUCAAAGGCAGAUCAGUAAGCAAGGCCUUUCUGGGGCCGUUGUAGACCUAACCAGGUCAUCGGAACAUAUCCAGUUUUCAGUGGAAGAGCUUAAAAACUUGUUCACAUUACAUGAAAAUUCACAGUGUGUUACCCAUGACCUGCUUGACUGUGAGUGCACAGAGGGAGAAGAUCACACCGAUGAUGCAUUGGAAGGCCCUGCCGCCUCUAGACAGUGUCAGCUCGGCCCUCAGAAGUCUAACUCCGCGAGACCUCUCUCCAUGUCACAGCUGAAGCAGUGGAAACAUUUUUCUGGAGACCAUUUAAAUCUUCCAGAUCCAUUUCUUGAAAGAAUAAGGGAAAACGUGUCAUUCUUUUUCCAGAAUAUAACCAACCAAGCUCCUGCCAUGUAAUGAAGGACUACUU